AUGUAUCGGGAUCGACCCAGGCUGCGAGGCGGCGGCGAUGACGCAGAAGACGAUGAGAUGGACUGUGGCAGCUCGCCCAUCCGCCAUCAACAGGAUUCACGCUUGAGAACACCAAGCCCCAGGCGUAACAACAACAUGGAUACCACCAUGACUGAUGGCGAACAGCAGUGGCCAGAGCCUCCCGGAGCCCCAAGAUGGCAUUGGGAUGAGUAUGACCCUCGAAAUCCUCGGAAUGCGCCAACCCAGACGUCAGCCGUUGGCAUCGCGGGCUCGACCAAUCCUCAUGUGGGGGUCAACCCUGGUUCCGGGGAUAGCACACCGGGCACUGGACUGGGACAAACAUAUUGUCUCUUCCACUCAAACUACUCCGCGUCGGCACGCUCCCAAUGUCGACUGGUACCGAACAGUAGCCUCGAAGAGAUGUACAACUGCGGUAGCCAAGUUCAAGACCCUGCCCCACCGAAGCAAGUCGACGCCGCUGCAGAAACCAUGUCGAUGCAUUCUCAGACGAGCAGGGAGGGGCCGGAUGUGCAGAUGUCGGAUGAUACUUCGAGCCCGUCCGCGAUGCUGAGUCCUCUGGCACCGGCCGCCCCAAAGCCCGAAAAGCGGAAGGCAUCACCGGAAGCAGAGCUGCCUGACAAGAAGAGGGCAAAGGACGAGGGCCCGAAUCAUGGUCCGCAUGAUGGACAGGGCUAUGUUGGCUGA